GGGAUAUUGGCAUUGCUUGGGACUGACUGAGUAGUAAGUGGCGCUUCCGUUCCAUUCCAACGUUCGUUCGUAGCCUUCUCCUUACGCUUACGUUCGCCGCCGCCCGGAAAGGAUUCAACCUGCUGUCCUGCCAAUGGAGUUUAAUAUCCCUGAUUCAGAAACACAACAAAAUAGCAGGAGGAGAAAGAAAUCGACUGUCUGGGAACACUUCACUGUUAAAAAGGAUGGACCUGGAUGUGCCAGGGCUUACUGUAAAAGAUGCCAAAAAUCAUUUGCGUAUCUAAAAGAUUCAAAACAAUCUGGCACCAGUCAUCUCAAGAGACACAUUGCUUUGGGAAUCUGUCAGAAAAAUCUAGGAAUCCUGUGUUCCAAAACUGAUGCCAAUCCACCAAAGAAACAAGCAAGAGCGAAACCUUGUCUUGCUGCUAUCUCAUUUGAUCAGGAGCGUUGCAACAGUAAGAUUGCUAAAAUGAUUAUUUUACAUGACUAUCCACUUCAUAUUGUGGAACACCAAGGUUUCAUUGAUUUUGUUCGAGCACUUCAACCCCAGUUCAAUCCACUGAGCUUUAAUGCUAUUCAAGGGGAUUGUGUCACUAUGUACCUCAGAGAGAAGCAAAACCUAUUGAAUCUUAUUGAUGGGAUUCCUGGACGAGUUAAUCUCACCUUGGACUUAUGGACUUCAAACCAAACAUCGGCAUAUGUUUUUCUUCGAGGGCACUUCAUUGACGGUGAUUGGAACCUACAUCAUCCUAUUCUUAACGUAUUCAUGGUACCAUUUCCUGAUUCUGAUGGUUCCUUGAAUCAAACUAUAGUGAACUGCCUAAGUGAUUGGCAUUUGAAAGGUAGGCUAUUUACCCUUGCACUUGAUAAAUUCUUCUCCAACGAGACUUUGGGAAAGCUGAGAAGUCUCCUCUCUGUUAAUAACCCUGUUAUCCUCAAUGGUCAAUUAUUAAGCCAGAACUGUUAUGCUCGUGUGCUUAGUCGCCUUGCAUUAGAUGCGUUAUCAGCUAUGAGAGAAUCUAUUGAUAAAGUUCGGGAGAGUGUGAAGUAUGUGAAAUCUUCUAAAUCUAUUGAAGGGAAUUUUUUGAAUCUGAGGCAACAACUUCAAGUCCCUAGUACGAUGGACCUUUUAAUUGAUGACCAAAAUAAAUGGGAUACAAUUUACCACAUGCUAGUUGCUGCUUGUGAAUUAAAGGAAGUUUUUGCUUGCUUUGAUGCCUCUAAUCCUGAUUUCAGAACGACUCUAACAUUGGAUGACUGGAAGCAGGUGGAAAAACUCUGUGCAUAUCUGAAGUACUUGUAUGAUGCAGCUAACAUUUUAACUGUUCAACCAUACCCAACUGCAAAUGUAUUUUUCCUUGAAGUGUCCAAACUUCAGGUGGAGUUGACUUGUGCUGCCUUAAGCCAGGAUCCUUUCUGUAGUCAUUUGAUUACGCCUUUGCAAGAGAAGUUUGACCAAUAUUGGAGAGAAAGCUGCUUCGUCUUGGCUGUUGCUGUAGUCAUGGAUCCAAGAUAUAAAAUGAAACUUGUGGAAUCCACUUUUGCUAAGAUAUUUGGUGAGAAUGCUGACCAAUGGAUAAGAAUUGUUGAGGAUGGUCUUCAUGAGCUGUUCCUUGAAUAUAAUAUCAUACAAGUGCUUCCUUUUACAGCAACAAAUGAUGAUGAAGGGAAUGAAGCUAUGAUAAAGACUGAGCCAUUUCAAGAAUUUGAUGGAUCUCUUUUUGCUGCUGAUGAUGGACUUUCUGAUUUUGAGUUCUAUAUAUCUGAUUUUACAUGUAACCAGCAAUUUAAGACAGAAUUGGAUGAAUAUCUUGAAGAGCCUCUAGAACCCAGAGUACAAGAAUUUGAUAUUCUGAGCUGGUGGAGAAUAAACGGAUUGAAGUACCCAACAUUGUCUAGACUAGCAUCUGAUAUUUUGUGUAUGCCAAUAUCCACCCUUUCUGCAGAUGCUGUUUUUGAUACAGAAAUUAGAAAAAUGGAUAGCUACAGGAGUUCAUUAGAUUCCUUGACUCUUGAGGCCCUUAUUUGUACCAAGGACUGGUUACAGUAUAAAUCAUUACCCAUCAAUGUUCCAAAUGCACUUGUCAAAAUUGAAUGUUAGAUAUAGGGUUCCCUGGAAUAGAUUUUUAACUAGCUUUUAGGUAUUGAGUUUUUGGUGCUGUCAUUCGGGUCAAUUAAUUUUUGUUAUUAAUUGUCCGAUUUUUUGUUACUUGUUUAUAAUAUAGAGUUGAUUUUGUUCUAAUCAUUUUGGCUAAGCAAAGUAUCAAUUGUAUUCACAGGUUAAACCAAAAACCUGGAAUUUGGAUUUAUUUUGCCCUUUGAAUGGACUUUAACCUCAUGUCACGGAAGUUUGGUGUUCAGCACCAAUAGUGAAA